AUGCAGCACCGUGUUAUCUCACAGAACGCAGUUGACAGAGACAUCAAAAUCCAGCCACACGUUCCAUGCCACACACACGCACGCCACCCCCGACACACGCACGCCAUCCCUGACACACGCACGCCACCCCCGGCACACGCACGCCAUCCCCGACACACGCACGCCACCCCCGACACACGCACGCCACCCCGACACACGCACGCCACCCCCGGCACACGCACGCCACCCCCGACACACGCACGCCAUCCCCGACACACGCACGCCACCCCCGACACACGCACGCCAUCCCUGACACACGCACGCCACCCCCGGCACACGCACGCCAUCCCCGACACACGCACGCCACCCCCCGACACACGCACGCCACCCCCGACACACGCACGCCACCCCCGGCACAACACGCACGCCACCCCCGACACACGCACGCCAUCCCCGACACACGCACGCCAUCCCCGACACACGCACGCCAUCCCUGACACACGCACGCCAUCCUUGACACACGCACGCCAUCCCCGACACACGCACGCCAUCCCCGACACACGCACGCCAUCCCCGACACACGCACGUCAUCCCUGA